AGGUAUUGCCAGGCAUCUGAAGUGGUUGACCAAGCCUAGGGACUUGGAACAGUGGUGUGUGAUGUCAAACAGUGCGCAGUCCUUGCAGCCUCCCCCACCAGCCUACAGUGUCAUAUGCCAGUAUGAAUAUUAAGAAAGAAAACUGUAUUUCAGAGCUCAGCAUCCCAGAAGGAAAAAAGGAGGAACUAAACAGAAAGAACAAAUGACUGCACUGCUUGCAAAACUUGAGGCUGUUCAUUUUUUCUUCUGAGAAGCUUCAUCUUGGCCUUUGUGAGAGAGUUGAAAGAGUAGCCAGAGCAGACAUAGUAGUUUUCUUAGGGUCCUUUUUUCCUUUUUUAAUUUAAUUUUUCCCCCCAGUGCCUGGAUUUUAAGACUGCUGCACUGAUCACAAGCACUGGACAUCAAUAUGUGUCAUGUCAUUGUAACGUGUCGGUCAAUGCUAUGGACUCUCCUGAGUAUCGUGGUGGCUUUUGCGGAGCUCAUUGCCUUCAUGAGCGCAGACUGGCUGAUUGGGAAAGCAAAGCCUUCAAGCUCCGAGGAUGUGGACAACAGAACAGGGGGAUCGCAGGAGCCUUACCAUCCAACUCUGGGCAUCUACGGGCGCUGCACCAGAAUCUCCCACAUGCAGUUUUCUAGACGAGACACGCUUUGUGGUCCUUACGCUGAAAACUUCAAUGAGAUUGCCAGUGGGUUCUGGCAGGCGACCGCUAUUUUCCUAGCCAUGGGAAUCAUGAUUCUCUGUACCGUGGCAUUUGUGUCUGUCUUUACUAUGUGUGUGCAGAGUAUUAUGAAGAAAAGCAUUUUUAAUGUCUGUGGGCUGCUACAAGGGAUUGCAGGGCUCUUCCUUAUCUUAGGCUUGAUACUUUACCCUGCAGGUUGGGGAUGCCAGAAGGCAAUAAGCUAUUGUGGACCUUAUGCUUCUGCUUACAAACUAGGAGACUGCUCCUUGGGCUGGGCUUUCUACACAGCCAUCGGUGGCACUGUUCUGACGUUCAUCUGUGCAGUCUUCUCGGCGCAAGCUGAAAUAGCCACGUCCAGUGACAAAGUGCAAGAAGAAAUAGAAGAAGGAAAAAACCUUAUCUGCCUCCUUUAACUACAGUGGGGGAAAGUACCAGCGUCUGGAUCUUUAUCUGCUUUCCAUUGACUGGACAAGCAGAUCCACUUACCUGUUUUUACCAUUUGUGUGAUUGAGCCCCAUGCAUUCCAGCCCCGAACUACUGAAAGGGUCUUUCUUCCUUGCUGGGCAAUGGGGAUCAGAGAAAGGAUCCCAAGAAAGCAGAAUGUAAAUACUUGGGGAUAUUUUUAGUUUCAUUCUGUGAUCAGGACACAGUGGAAUAUAUUGAUCUGACUGGGGAUGUGAGUAAACACCUGUAUAUAGCAGGAGUGUUGUUAUAACUGACAAAUUCUGAUCGAUUGGAUUGCCUAACCCACCCUGGUCACUUUGAAGAAUUUGGGUUUAAAAUAAUAAAAGAUAGCACAUUUUUUUCUUUUCUUA